AUGGGUGUUUUAAGCUUGGCAGAAGAUUUUUCAUGCCCAAUUGCGGCGAGCCGCAUCUUCAAGGCUUUGAUGGUGGAUCAGAAAAAUUUGAUACCAAAGCUCUUGCCUCAGUUCAUAGCUAGUGUUGAUGUGAUUCAAGGAGAUGGAGGAGCUGGGACCAUUGAACAAAUUAACUUCACUGAAGCUAGCGAAUUCAAGUACGUGAAGCACCGAAUCGACGAACUCGACCAUGAAAACUUUGCAUGUAAGUACUCUUUGAUAGAGGGAGAUGUAUUGGGUGACAAGCUUGAAUCUAUUGAUCAUGAAGUGAAGUUUGAGCCUGCUGCUGCUGAUGGAGGAUGUGUGUGCAAGAUAACAAGUAAAUACAACACCGAAGGAGAUUUCUCGGUCAGCGAAGAGGAAAUUAAGGCCGGCAAGGAGAAGGCUAUGGCCAUUUUCAAAGUUGUGGAGUCCUACCUUCAGGAGAACCCUGAUGCUUAUGCCUAG